AUGAAAGUGGAAAUACCAAAGUUCGAGAGAUGUUGUUGUUGUUUGCCGUUGCGUCGAGGGAUCCUAACAUUUGCGUAUUUGAAUUUGUUUAUCACAAUUUUCUUCGGCGUCCUGCAAGUGUCGCUAUGGGUUUACUACUACUACCCAUUCAUGAAGCUCCAGUCUUCGAUGAUGGUGAUGUACCGUGGUAUCGUCAUCGAAGCACAAAUGUUCUUUGUCAUAGCCCUACAUGUUUUGGACGUAGUGUUCAAUAUUAUUCUGAUAGUUGGAGCUCAUAUGACAAAUGCUAAACUAAUGAGAUGGUAUUACUUCUACCAGUUGACAAUGAUGAUAGCGAAUUUCUUUGCGAUGCUGGUCAUCUACACGGGUAUCAGCAAAGUCAGCGGCUUGGAUACGUACCCUACUUUGUCUGAAUGCGCAGUAGCUUUUAUCGGAUUUGUUGUGCAAAUAUAUCUUCUGCUACUGGUCCACAGCGAGUUAAACAAGUUAAGGUAUCAAGAACGAAGAUCAAGCUUUGUCAAUCACAUGGCUGAGAAAAAUGUGAAACUGAUAAAAACGUUUUACUAUUACAACAUAUUGUUAUUAGGCUUGACGUCAAUUCUAACAGUAUACGGUGGCAUUUCGGCGGUGAUAUAUACUGUAGAUGGAUUCAAACGCGGUUUGAAUGCAAAUUUCUUGAUGUACUUCCUAUCGAUAGAUAUUGGACUACUCCUUGCAAAUUUUGCUCUACAGCUAUACAUUUUGUUGGUAGUAAGGAGUGAAAUUAUAAAACUUAGCAGUGAUUGUCAAUUUAGAUUUGCGAAUAUUGGAAGCGAAGCCGAAUGUACCAUGACAAUUGAAGGUUUGACUAAAGAGAACAGGGUGCAGAACAUACAUGCUAACCCAGUGAUAACAAAAGGCUCUGAAAUAAAAGGAUUAGUUGGAAGAGAAGAUAAUGUCAAUUAG